GAGCCAGCCAUGGCGGCGGGGGGUCCCCUGAAGGAGCUGUGCGAGGAGGCCUCUUGCUCCGUCUGCCUGGACUUCUUCAGGGACCCGGUGACCAUCGCGGAGUGCGGCCACAACUUCUGCCGCGCCUGCCUGGCCCGCAGCUGGGGGGCGUCUAGGGCAGAAGCUUCCUGCUGCCCCCAGUGCGGAGGGAGAGCGCAGGAGGGGAGCCUCCGGCCCAACCAGCAGCUGGCCAACUUGGUGGGGAUAAUCCAGAAACUCGGUCCUCAGGAGGGAAAGGGGGCAGAAGCGAAGGGGGGAGAAGGCAAGGGGGCCGUCUGCGAGAGGCACCAGGAGCCCCUGAGGUUUUUCUGCAGGGAGGACGUCGCCCUCCUCUGCGUGGCCUGCCGCAGAUCCGAGGAGCACCAAGAUCACCAGGUGAUCCCUCUGGAGGAGCCUGCCGGAGAGAAGAAGGGGAAAAUAAAACCAACGUGGUUCUUUUGUUGUUGGCAUCAGGCAGUCGUGGCGGCUAGAAAAGAGAGAGUUUGCCUGAAGCACCAGGAGCUUCUGAAUCUCUUCUGCAAGGACGAUGAAGCCCUCAUCUGUGCGGUCUGUGACCAGUCCCAGGAGCACAACGAUCACAAAAUCAUUCCUGUGGAGGAGGCUUCCCAAGAAUACAAGGAUCAGUUCUGCAAUUGUAUGGAUAUUUUGCGGGAGGAGAAGGAAAAAAUUCUGGCGUAUAAAGCCUGUAUAGUGAAGGAAAGCCAAGACCUGAUGAAGCAAACCAAAGGAGAGCGGCAGGAGAAAGUGACCAAGUUCAGGCAACUGCAUAAGUUUCUGGAUAAGCAGGAGAAGCUUGUGCUGGCCCAGAUGGAAGAGCUGGAGAAGGAGGUGGCAAGAAACCGGGACCAGCACCUGGCCAAACUCUCUGAGGAGCUCUCCUCUCUGGACAGCCUCAUCCGGAAGAUGGAGGAGAAGUGUCAGCAGCCGGCCAGUGAACUCCUUCAGGAUGUCAGAAGCACCUUGCAGAGGUAUGAAGAUAAGGAGGCAUUUGAGGAUCCAGUGGCUUUUCCUCUUGCACUGAAGUGGCGCGUCUGGGAUGUAAAUCCUCUUUUGGAGGGUAUCAAGGAGCAAUUCAAAGACACUCUGGAUUCUGGACUUCACGUGCAGAAAGCAAAUGUGACUCUGGAUCCAGACACGGCCCAUCCCCUACUCGUCCUGUCUGAGGAUCGGAAAAGCGUGAGAUGGGGAGAAGAAGCUCAAGCUCUGCCCGACAAUCCUGAGAGAUUUGAAAAACGUUACAUUGUUCUGGGCCGUGAGGGAUUCACGGCAGGCCGCCACUUCUGGGAAGUCCUUGUGGGAAGUGAGGAAGAGUGGUUUGUGGGGGUGGCCAGAAAGUCCGUGAGGAGGAAGGGAAGGAUCAUCUUUAGUCCUGAGGGAGGGAUCUGGGCUGUGGGGAAGUGGGGGGGCUGCUACAGGGCUGCCAUCAAAGGCAUAAACCCUCUCCUGUCCCUGACCGGGGAGCCCAAGAGGAUCCGAGUCUGCCUGAACUACGCUGGGGGCCGAGUGGCCUUUUUCGACGCUGACCGAGGAUCCCUUCUGUUCGAGUUCUCCGGAGCCUCCUUCCAUGGAGAGACCCUCCUGCCCUUCUUUUACGUGUGGGGAAAAGGCCACCUCAGACUCUCCUCCUAA